CGUGAGUGGCGCGAGGCGGACGAUUCAUCGCAGGGUGUUAAAGUGGACUGGAUCUCCAGUCUCGAAGCAGGUGUAUUUCUUUGAAAAGCAAAGAACAAAUAUGUUUUAAACUCAUCUUUAUUCAUUUCGGGCACUGUUAGCCCGAGCGCAUGUCCGGCCGUGUACAGAACGGUAGAACAAUCGAGUGAUGCACCGUUGCCUGGCAACGUUUCGACAUAUAUGAAUGUCUACUCAGCGGGCGCCUUCAUUUGACAGGUAGUCCCAUCGGCCGUAAGGAUGAUGUGGCUGUGUGAGCUUGUGUUUUUGGCGCUGCACGACCACCUCUGGCGACUCUUCGCUUUCCUUUUUGGCGUCGAAAACACAAAGCAUCCACCACAGGUCACUGCCCCGAUUGAGAUCAGGUCGAUCGAGACUUUAUCUGCUCCAUUAAUGGCUGUUCCUUUGGAGAUGGAAAGCAUCUUGACUGUAGGGCUGUUCACCUUGUGGGUGUCCAUGGCAGGUCUGUUUUUGUACACCAGCGUUGCGAAGAAGAAGGCCGGGAUCGCAAAGGAAGAGGACCUAGCAGCAUUCCUAAAGAAGUCUUUGGAACAAGUGGAGACCCUUCAAAAAACCAACCUGAUGCUCUUCAAUCAAAUGUCUGACCAUAUGGCCUCUGCAGAGAAGAGGGAGAAGCUCAACACAAAGCUGCUCAAAACGAUUCAGCUCAACAUGCAGAAUCUGGACCAGAGGCUGAAGAGGCUGGAAGAGGAGAACGGUGAAGAGGAGAGGAACAGCACCCAAAAGACAGAAGAAAUGUUCAUGGAGAUGAAUGGCUACGAGAAGCGCUGUAUGGAGGACCUGCACAGCGUGAAGGAGCAGCUCCGUCUGAGGCAGGAGCAGCUGAGUCACAAAGUCGGCCUCAUAAAAGACAAGGAGCAAGAGCUGGAAAAGGCCGGCCAGCGGCUGCACCGCACAGAGCUGGAGGCCAGAUCUCUGGAAGAGCUACUCAAACACGAGAGAGUGAAAAACAUGGAGACCCUCGAAGACCUGGAGGCCGCCUGUCAGGAGGCAAAGAAGCAGCUGCUGAAAAGUGAAAGCAAAAGCAAAAAUCUGGGCGAGAAAAUCGAGGACAUGCAGUACUUAUAUAGCGGCCUCCAAAGGGACGUUGCCUCCCUGGAAGAAAGCAUUAAGGAGAGCACCUGUAAAGCACAGAAUAUUAAGGGCAUCGACUGCACCCUCAUGAAAGGUAAAAAGGAGCCAAGGGGUCCGAAGGAGGACAAAGAGGCAGGCCUUCGAGGUCUUGAGGAACUGAAGGGUGAGAUGAGGCUCCUCGAGAAGACAAGCAAAACAAAAUGACGUGACGGAGUUGUGGCAGAGCUGGAUUUCUCAAAUGGUAUGGGGGAACAACCAUUGUAAAAAUUUAAAUAUACAAGGGUGAGUCAAAUGAAAAACCUUAAAAUUGUGAUAGAAGUUCUAAACACCGUACCAUUGUCAUCAUUAGAAAUGAUAUUAGGAGCGUCCAGUAGGUGGGAGUAGGGUGCAAGAUGAGCUACGUGAUGUCAUAGUAGCAGUAUAAAGAUGGCAGCACCACUGGAGAGGUUCAUCAAAGAGGAGCAGUGUUCGGUCAUACGCUUUUUGAGCAGUGAAAGGGUGAAACCUGUCAAAGUUGGUUGAUGAAUCCAAACGAUGUGGAUUACAGAGUUAGAGGUGUCUUGUUGCAAUGUGAUAAUGCUCAGCCCCAUACUGCCCUCAUAAUGAUUGCAACCAUGGACAAUUUGAACUUUUGAGUGUCUUCCACAUCGGCCAUACCCUCCAGACCUCACCCCACAUCUUUGUGGACUACUCAAAGCGGCGAUGGGCAGAAAGACUUUCAAGUGAGAUGAGGAGGAGCAGCAGGUGGUGCACGAGUGGUUGCGCAUGAGACCAAGAGACUCAUUUUUUUCAUUGUAAGCCUUGGAGGACUUGUAUCGCACACCAUGGACAAAAAUGAUAGUUUUUUUUUGACACCUGUGCUACAAUAAACUGUGGAAAAAAUAAUUUAAGGUUUUCAUUUCACUCAACAUUGAAUAAUUACAGCCAAGGAAUAAGGAAAGAGUGGACAAUGCACCUGAGCUUCUCUUCACUUAAACCUUCUGGCAAGUUCUGCAGGAUGAAUUGGACUAUUGGUUCCUUAUUUUGGUAUGACAGGUCAUUUUGUCAGAAAUGAAGAGAGGAGAUCUAUGCAAUGUGAUGCUAAAGCUGCAGUUAGCCCUUCUAGUGCCUUUUCAUGGUUAUGUUACAGGUGUAGUGCCAUAUGACUGGUUCCAGAUUCCUACAAUUGGAGCCCUGGCUGGUGAAGUGACUCACUCAGGGUCACACAGGUGGUGGGGACAUUAAAAUGUUGUGGAUUACAGUUCAGUGUCUUAACUGUAUGGCCCAUACUGCCUGGCACAAAGACUUUGGGUACAGAUAUGAGAAGAGCUAUUAAGUGUGGGCCAGACAAUUAACUUUUAUAUAGUGCCUUUAAUAGUGUACUGAUUGUUAUAAAUGUAAUAAAUAUUCAUUUUCUUACA